UGCUUAGUGCACCAUCUAGUGGCCACAGCGAGAACUACAUCAAGGUCAACUAUGCAAUGACGGGCACUACGUCGAAUCUGCCGGAAGCAAUGUGAAGAUGGCGGCGAAUGUUCUGCAGUGAACCCGGGGCUGAGCGCCUGCCCUUCACUGUUGGACUGUGCAAAGGUCUCUGCAGCCAUUGAAUUGCACUUGUUGCAUGGCUGCCCCGGGGUUAUACAGAGUGGGCUCACAUCUGCUGGCCCGGGGCCACCCUGCCCUCUGCAGCCCCCAGUGCUCCCUGCUCAGUGCCCAGGCUGCAAGGGGGCACAGGAGGGGGGCACAGUCCUUCCCUGUCAUCCCAGGGGACAUCCUGCCCAUCUACAGGCAUGUGUAUGAGGCCAACACCAGGAACAGUGACAGCUGCGGGCACAGAUACUUGGAAUUACUGGAAAAAGUUAAAACGGGAGGAGGCGAGAACGCGAUUUUACGGCAUACGCAGAGGAACAAGAAGCUGCUGGUGCGCGAGAGGCUGAAGAGGCUCCUGGACGAUGAGACCUUCUUAGAACUGUCUCCAUUCGCGGGUCUUGGUUUGCCGUACGGUGACGUCCCGUCUGCCGGGUGCCUUUCUGGGAUUGGGAAGAUCAGUGGUAUUUGGUGCAUGGUGAUCGCUAAUGACGCCACAGUGAAGGGGGGCACCGCUUAUCCCAUCUCCGUGAAGAAGCAGCUGCGGGCUCAGGAGAUUGCCAUACAGAACAGGCUGCCCACAGUGUACUUGGUGGACAGCGGAGGCGCCUUCUUGCCUCUUCAGGCUCAGCUGUUUCCUGAUAAAGAACACGGGGGGAGGACGUUUUAUAAUGAAGCCAUUAUGUCCGCUCUGAGGAUACCCCAGGUGGCAGUAGUGUGCGGCUCAUGUACAGCCGGAGGGGCUUACAUCCCGACAAUGGCAGAAGAGACGAUCAUUGUAGACCGGAUUGGAACUAUAUUUCUAGCUGGACCUCCACUGGUUAAAGCUGCUACGGGUGAGGACGUCACUGCAGAAGACCUGGGCGGAGCGAGGCUGCACUCCAGAGUCAGCGGAUGUGUCGACCAUUUUGCAGUCACGGAGUCUGAGGCGUACAGCUGCGCCCGGAUGAUUGUCUCCACCUUAAACUAUGACCCCGAGCCUGAAGACAGAGCGCAGUUUGAGGACCCGGUAUACAGCGCAGAAGAGCUGGCGGGACUAGCGCCUCAUGAUUAUAGUCACACACUGGGGGUUAAACUGAUACUUAGCCGACUACUAGAUGGCAGUAAACUACUGGAAUUCAAAGCAGACUAUGGAACUACACUGGUCACCGGAUUUGCUUCUAUUGAAGGUAAUUUGGUUGGAAUUGUAGCUAGCAAUGGAGACCUGACCCAUGACGCCUCUCUUAAAGGAAGUCAUUUCGUACAGAUCUGUAACCAGCGGGAUAUUCCUCUGCUGUUUUUCCAAAACACAUCUUCUCUGGAUCACCUGCCUCCAAAUGUGUCAAAGGCAGAAGAGCUCACAAACAGAUUAAAAGCUCAGGCCUCAAUGAUCGCCGCUGUAGCUUGUGCCACGGUGCCAAAAAUCACGGUGGUAAUCGGUGGCUGCCAUGGAGGAGAAAGCUUUGCCAUGUGCGGGAGAUCAUACGAGCCAAAUUUUUUGUUCCUGUGGCCAAAUGCAAGAAUUGGCCUUGUGGAUGCCACCAGGUUGUCGUGGAGCGGUCAGAAGGAUGAAGGCUGGACAGAUAAGAAAGAAUUCAAGACGCAGCUGGACAGGUUGAAAGAGGAAAGUUCAGCAUUUUAUUCAUCAGGAAGACUCUGGGACGAUGGCGUGAUCUUACCCCAGGACACCAGGCGGGUUCUUGGCAAUUGCUUGAAAAUUAUUAGCCAACAAAAAUACGAAAGAACCGAUUCCCAAAGAUCCCCGCUCCUGAGAAUGUGACAGAAAGAUUGUAAAAAUAUGUUUUUAGACAUGUAAAUAUUAUAUAGAAUAAUGUUUGUAAAGAUCAUAGUGCCUUUUUUGUAUAAUAAACUCAAAUGUAAAA